AUGUUUUACGUGAAAACACUCGAUCACGAGAUUGUGUUGGAACCCGUGCAUUUCGGUCCCAAGCUGAAAGCGACGAUUGUCCGUUUGCUCAAAGAGCACGUGGAGGGCUUGGCGUUGGCCAACUACGGCUACGUCGUGAACGUCAUUGAAGUUCCGGAAGACCAAAUUCGCUCCGGCAUUAUCGAGUACGACACGGGCAAUGUGGUCUUUACGGUCAAGUACACGGCGCUGCUGUUGCGGCCGUUUCUGAACGAAGUACUGGACGCGGUCGUGACCCAGUGCAACGCGCUCGGCUUCUUUGCCUUUUGUGGACCGCUGCGUAUUUUCGUGUCGAAGCAUUCCAUGCCCGAAGACAUGUUCCACGGAUUCAAUCACGAACAAGAUGCCUGGGUUUCGGACGAUAAGGAAGUCGUGAUUGCGGCCGGGAGCGGGGUCCGGCUAAAAAUCAAAGGCCGAACGGUGGAACAAGGGAAUAUUACGGCAAUCGGGACCAUUAAGGACAAUUACUUGGGAUUGGUGGACGAUGGUGAAGUACAAGGCGAUUAG